AUGCUGCUAGGCUCUAUCUCUGCCUGCAUACGCAGGUUCUCCACCAAUUUUUUUGGCAAGAAUGAAGAGAUGGCACUUCGUCUUAUGCAUGCAGACGGCCCGAACUAUUAUGCAAAGGUCACUCUGUGCGGCAGGCAGUUUCAAUCUGUCCAAGUUGGCGACACGCUUACCACCCAUCGUAUCAAAGGGCCUCUGAUAGGCGAUGUUCUUCGACUAACGCAAAUAAGAGAAAUCGGAUCGCCAUCUUGCACGCUCCGGGCAACUGGCACCGGUAUCCCUGGGUCCAAAUACACACAGUUUAUCAAUCCAGAGUAUUUCGUCGUUCGGGCACGCGUGCAUUCGCAUUCUUUUGGUAAAGAGGUCCCUGCAAAGCGAGGCCGACAGCGCAAAGGUCGCAGGAAGAAAAUCUUUUCUCGACCACACAUUACCACGCUAAAGGUGGUUGAGAUUUCGAUUUCUCUGCCGACAUCAGCCAAUAAGCUCUCGCCAGAUUAA